UCCCCGUCCGCCCACUCCUCUCGACGGUUCCUCACACGGGCGCCCCCUUCUCCGCCGACCAUCGCGCCCCUCCUCCGCCUCCCCGUCGCUCCACUAUUUCCGCCCGCUCGGCGCCGCCACUCUCGUCCCGCGCUCGCCGACGCCGUCACGGCAGCCCGCCCCUCCUGCGCCACUCCUGCUACUCCCCAUCGCCCUCACACUCCCCAUCACCCCCGCGUGCUUGCGACCUCGCCGACGCCGUCACGCCGGCCCGCCGCUGCUCCCAUCGUACAUCGCCCGUUCCCUUCAUACGUCGCCCACCCCCCUCCCGUUUUGUUGCUGCUCCGCCCGAUCCGCUCUGUCCUUGGGGGAUCCGCCCGCCGUCGCGCGCGUCGUCCUCCUCCUCCGCCUGCCCGCUGCUGCGCGCGUCCUCCUCCCCGCCCGCCCGCCGGCGCGUUUCCUCCUCCUCCGCCCGGCCAUCGGCGCGCGCGACCUCCUCCUCCUCCGCUGCGCACGUCAUCCUCCUCCGCCCGGCCGUCGGCGCGCGCGUCCUUCGGCCGCCGCCGCCACACCAGGCCUCUCCGCCGCGCCGUUGGUCGUGGGUGGGCUCGCACCCGCUGUCUCCACACCCGUCUCCGAGUGCUCCGGCCUCCCCCGUGCUCCGUGCCUAUCCAGCCUCCAAGAUCUGCGCUAGGCGGUGGCGACGUGGAUGCGGCCCCAGCGUAGGCAGCGUCAGUGGCGCUGGAUGCGGCCUCAGUGCGGCCCAGGUCCCCAGGAGAGCCCCGUAGCACCUCCUCAUCCUUGUUUAUUGGAUCAUGGCAGUUCCAAUGCGGCCGGUGGGCUUCGUCUUCCCGAGUUCCCGUGACAUGGUGAGCAGGUUGUUUUCCAAAUGUUUCUCGGGAUGAUAUUGGUAGCCUGGAGAACGUCAGGAGGGAGCUCCAGGAGGUGUUUUUGUCCUAUACAUUGGUUUAGCUAUUAAAUUGCUAAACCUUAGUUAUCGUUUUUUUUGACAACUUCAAAUUCUUGCAGACUGUUCAAUAUCCAGUGGAGCAUCCAGAGAAAUUCGAGAAGUUUGGAAUGUCUCCUUCAAAUGGUGUUCUGUUUUACGGCCCUCCUGGCUGUGGAAAGACUUUGUUGGCCAAGGCAAUUGCUAGUGAAUGCCAGGAUAACUUCAUCAGUGUGAAGGAACCUGAGCUGCUUACCAUGUGGUUUGGUGAGAGUGAGGCCAAUGUCCGUGAGAUUUUUGACAAGGCCAGGCAGUCUGCUCCAUGUGUUUUCUUCGAUGAGCUUGACUCCAUUGCUACUCAGAGGGGAAGCAGCGUUGGUGAUGCUGGAGGUGCUGCUGACAGAGUGUUGAACCAGCUGCUGACUGAGAUGGAUGGCAUGAACGCCAAGAAUAUUGUUUUCAUCAUUGGUGCCACCAACAGGAUUUAAUUUGUCUAAGCCCUGAUGAGAAUAAUUAAGGGCGCUGCCUUUGUGACUUGGGAGCCAUGGUAAUCAAACAGAUGAAUGAAAGCAAAGGUAAUGGAUCAUACUCGAUUAAAUGAUGGAUAUGUUGCUGUCUAUUGAGUGGUGAGUGUCCUUGCCCAGCUGAUGAGAAGUUUUAAGUCAAAACCAAGCGGAUGCACGAUGUACUUCAUCAAUAGCAUAUAUACCUUUUUAUAUAAUUCCAAUCUACGAGCUUGAAAGUUUCUUUCGUGUGCUAUGUUUGUACUUGAUAUAUGUUUAUAUAUGCUUAUUUUUUUGAAUGAGCAUCAAGCGACA